AUGGCGACGCGGGCCAUGGUGGCGGCCGGGUGGCCGUCGGUUGGCGAGGCGCUGGCCGAAGGCAGCGAGGGCGAGUCGACGAGCUGGGAGCUGAUCGGCUGGGGCGACCGACGGUACGGCCUGAGCGCGGCGAAGAGCAUCUACCACUCGGCCAAUGCGAUGGCGCUCCUCGGGCUGGGCUUCGCGUCGCUGCUGGCCGUGUGUCUCUUCCACGCCGUCGCCACGUGCCACGGCCCGCGGGCGAGGUUCCACCGCCAGUACACGCACUGCAAGUCCCUCAUCACCUGCUUCUCCCCAACGCCCGCUUCCUUCUUCAUCGCCAUCAUCUCUAUCUGCGUGCCCAAGUUCACGUGCGACUUGUUCUUCGGUACCGCUUCGCAGACCCACCACUCGCCAGAAGACUCCAUCGAGGUUGUGUGGAGUCCGUUCGUGGGCUGGGUGAUGGCGCUCCUCUCCACACCCCUGGCCGUCCUCAUCUUCCUCACCUCAUGCUUUGUAAAGAAACCUCCCCCUCCUCCUGCCCGCAGCUACCGCCUCGUCAUCAACUGA